CUCGCGGCCAGUGUACAACAAGCGUGGUGUGUAAAGUGGAAAAUAGGGAUUGGUUCUGUUUGAACAGUGAUUAAGCGUAUGGGCCCAAAGGCGUGGGUCCCUGGUGGGUGCGACAGCUACGUGAUUCUCUGUUGGUCCCAGUAAGAAGUGGGUAUUUUUUUUUACCAGUGAGUGCAACUAUAUAAGAAGGGUGGUGGGUCUGCGUUGGGUACUUUUGCCUUUCUCAAAUUUGGGGCUGCAGUGAAGAGAGUUGAAGACAUGCCGGUGAUUGGAGUUGAGAACGUUCAAUCUGCAGGUGCACCAUCUGCAUGCACAGUAGGAAAACAGGGCAACAUGAGCUCCGAGCCAAGAAACUGCCAGAACCACCAGGACCAUGAUCCGGACCACAGAGACGCCGGGCCAGCCAAACAGACCAUGCCCAUGCCCGUCCCUAACCUGGAGGUCCAGUACACUAAGAUAUUCAUUGAUAACGAGUGGCAUGAGUCCUGCAGCGGACGGAAGAUGCCAGUUCACAACCCUGCCACUGGAGACCUGCUGUGUGAGGUAGAGGAGGCAGACACCGAGGAUGUGGACAAGGCGGUCCAGAGUGCUAGGGCUGCCUUCCAGCUGGGGUCUCCAUGGCGAUGCAUGGAUGCGUCCGACAGAGGACUGCUGCUCAACAGGCUGGCUGACCUGGUGGAGAGGGAUCGCCUCCGGCUGGCUACGUUGGAGGCUCUUGACUCAGGGAAGAUCUUCCUCAUGGCGUACUUUGUGGAUCUAAUGGCCACUGUUAAAACCCUGCGUUAUUAUGGAGGAUGGGCCGACAAGAUACAAGGCAAAACCAUUCCUGUAGAUGGAGAGUAUUUUACCUACACACGACACGAGCCCAUAGGGGUGUGUGGACAAAUCAUUCCAUGGAAUUUCCCUGUGAUGAUGUUUGCCUGGAAGAUUGCUCCAGCUCUGUGCUGUGGGAACACUGUAAUCAUCAAACCAGCUGAACAGACACCACUAACAGCACUGCACAUGGCCUGUCUUAUCAAAGAGGCUGGUUUUCCCCCGGGCGUGGUGAACGUGCUGCCAGGAUACGGUCCAACAGCAGGCAGUGCCAUUGCUCAUCAUAUGGACAUUGACAAAAUAGCAUUCACUGGAUCAACUGCUGUAGGGAAACUCAUCCAGAAGGCUGCUGGUGACAGCAACCUGAAACGUGUCACUCUGGAGCUGGGCGGCAAGAACCCCAAUAUUGUCUUCGCAGACUGUGACUUGGAGUAUGCGGUGGAGCAGGCCCACAGUGGUCUCUUCUUCAACCAGGGUCAGUGCUGUCUGGCUGGCUCCAGGGUGUUUGUGGAGGACUCUAUCUAUGAGGAGUUUGUUUGUCGUAGUGCGGAAAAGGCCCGUAACAAGGUCCUGGGAAACCCACUGGUACCAGGAGUGGACCAGGGACCACAGAUAGAUCAGAAGCAGUUUGAUAAGAUCCUGGAGCUAAUCGAGAGUGGGAAGAAGGAAGGGGCCACACUGGAGUGUGGGGGUGGGCCCUGGAACCGGAACAGCCUCUUCAUCCAGCCCACUGUGUUCUCUAACGUCACUGACGACAUGCGUAUUGCCAGAGAAGAGAUCUUUGGACCGGUGCAGCAGAUCAUGCGUUUCCGCACCGUGAAUGAGGUAAUUCAGAGGGCCAACGCCACCCAUUACGGCCUGGCUGCCGGAGUUUUCACCAAUGACAUCGACAAAGCCCUCACCGUGUCCUCAGCUUUACAGGCCGGCAUGGUGUGGGUGAACUGCUACAAUGCCAUGAGUACCCAAUGUCCCUUCGGAGGGUUUAAGAUGUCCGGGAAUGGGAGAGAACUAGGGGAGUAUGCCCUCCAGGAGUACACAGAGGUCAAGGCUGUAACUAUCAAAAUCUCCCAGAAGAACUCCUAAGAUUUGCUGUACGGUACCAUUCAAGUAUUUCAGUAGGACUUCCACCGAAAUUCUCUAUGGACCGACUGGGAAUUCUCAGCAACGACCCACAGACUAUUGUAUGCUAUUAGACAAAACAGGGAGUCACUUUCUGUUUAAAACAGCUCUCACAGUGCACAAGGUUGCCCAAAAUGAUCAUCACCAUUUAGACGGGACAGCACCUAAUCCGAAACAAGUUUGCAUGCACAAUCGGUUAACUUUGUCAUCAAUUGGAAUCAUUGAUUUAUCAUAUAAACUGCAUCCCACUGGUUAUUCUGGUCUAAUUCGACAGAAAGACAAUGUUGUUGGCAUAAUCUAUCAUUUGUACACUGUAUGUGAUCUAUUUGAACAGUCCAGUAGUUUGAGAUCCGUUGGAAUGCUAAUUGUGUGGUUUAUAGUACAUACUGUCUUGUCGUUGUCAUUGCCAAUGGAUAGCGACGGUGUAUUUCUGUAAAUGUGCGUGUUUGCUUUUGUAAAUCUCCCAUAGGUAAGCAUAUAAAACCUGAUUCAUCUGGCAUAGAGAUUCGUAGACAUAUGUUGUAACUCUUGUAUUUUAUUGGUUGUAAGAGCAAAACGGUAGCUCUUUAUACCUUCCAGGUUGGUGAAAACAGCCCAAUAACACAGCAUCCAACCCUUUUCUAACUAGCUAAUGGUUUUGUAUCUGGAAACAGAGAUGGUAGUUUCUAUGUAAUAACGCUGAAUCCGUGCAGGAAAAUCACCCAUUUCUCUUUAGUUCUACUUUUAUAUCCAUUCCGCGUAAACGUGUCAUGUGGCCUUAUUUUGUGUAAAGUGACACCAAAUUGCCGACCAAUAGAUCAAUAACUCGGUCUUUGAGCCGUCUUUUUCCUUUUUAGUUAAGUUAGAGCACGUCACCGAAUGUCACUUGUCAAAUCUUGUGCAUAUAUUUUUUAUCAAUAAAAGAAACCUCUGAUUAUGAACUGGGCUUUGUUUUGUCACUUGAACACUUUAAGACACUUUACACUAAAUAAGGCCACGUGUGAAUUUCAUGGGGAAUGGAUUCAACAGUACAGAACUAACGACGAACAGGUAAUGUGGCAUUUUCCAGCACUGAUUCGGCGUUCUUACAUGGGCUAAUUGGGAUGACAGGAAGGGAUUGGGGGGGAAACUACCUUGGUAACUACUACUGUAGUUAAAACAUAGUUAUUAACCUGUUAUUACCGAGUGUGAAUGUAAAGUGCUGGAACAAAAAAAAAGUACUACAAAUGCAUAUCUUACAAACUAUUAACAUACAAUUUCAGACUGAAAUGAGUAGAAGUUUAGAUCUCUGCUGAGACAAAUAUAUAUAAAUAAACAUUCCCUAAAUUGGUCACAGAAAAUCUCCUCAUGUUGGGAUUUUGCAUGCUGUUAUGUCAUGAUUGCGAGGGUGUUACAAAUACUACCUACAGGCUUUACAUCUUUGGCCAGAUUCCCAAACUUUUUCCAAUGGAAAACAAGGAAAUUUUCUUAUUGGAGUUUCGGUCUGUUUUCUUACGUUUGGUACCUAAUAAACACAACCCUGCUCUUCC